AUGCGAGUCUUACCACUUGUCCUGGCACCAGUGUCAGUUCUGGCUGGCAUUCUACCGACCUUUUCUAUUCCCGGAUGGCCCAGCACAAGCCCAACCACCGUCAAGGCAUCGAGUGCUGCUGCCGUCACCGGUGCCCCGAUACCUAAGCCCUCAGGAAUCAGUAUAUCCAGCGUCACCUAUUCAGGAAAAGGCUGCCCAUCCGGAAGCGUGUCGACUUCCCUGUCCGCCGACAAGACUGUCGUGACCCUCGGCUUCGACAAGUUCCAAGCAUACAUCGGGCCGGGGACGUCAGCAGCAGACCGCUCCAAGAGCUGCAGCCUCGUCCUCACGCUCAGGUACCCACCGGCAUACUCCUUCGCCGUCGUGUCCAGCACGUACCACGGCUACGCGCAACUCGACAGCGGCGUCACGGGCAAGUUCUCGUCGGCCUAUUUCUUCACGUCGCUCUCGGGCGCCACGUUCAGCACGAGCACCAGCGUGCUGGGCGGCGGGGCGCUCGAGGCUGGGGAUGUCUACACCAAGAGCGACACGAUCUCGACGCCCAGCUUGGUCCUCAGCCCGUGCGGCAUCUUGGGGGUCGGCUCGUCGGCCCUGCUCAACAUCGGCAACACGAUUUCCCUCAGCAGUUCUAAUUCCUCGGCUGUCGGGUUGAUGACGAAUGAUGAUGCGACGGUAUCUACGACGCAGCAGGUGGCGUUGAAGUGGUUCAGUUGCUGA